AUGUGGACUACCCGGGCUGCCGUUGAGGUGGCCGCUUCUGCUGCUGCUUCUGAACCGUCGUUUACCGAACUCUGCGGAAAGGACUCAGCGAAGGCUGUGCCUCAACAUUCAGAGCAGCAGCCACUUCCGAGGAAGGGCGAGAAGUCGCAGGAAUGUGGGCAUCGAACAGCGGGCCUGCAGCAAGAUGGCUAUUCGAGGGAGCGCACCGCUUUUACUCAGAAUCUGUCUGGCUCAGCUUCAUCAGCGAGAGCAAGGGAAGCUGAGGACUCGAUGGAAUUCGACUCAGAUACACAGAAUUCUGUCAUUGACUUUCUGAGACUGAAAGAGAUGCUCGACGUGCAACGGCAAGGACGACCGGAAAGGGAAACCGCAUGCUGUGACCAUCAUGACGGAGAUGGUGGUCGUGUCAUUUUCCCAGAACCACACAGUGUGCUGAAAGGACGCCAGGAAAGUGGAGAGAAACUAUUCGUGAACAUAUGCGUGCAUUCUCAGAUAGAGCCCUGGCACUAUAAGUAUCUUCUGUCGGAGGACGUUGAGCACGAGGCUGACCAAGAUGCACAGGGGGUUCGUAUCCCUCUUAGUGUCGGCGAACGUACUGAGUGUACCGACAAAGAAGGCCAAUUCUGCGUUUCGUUCGACCUCAUCUUCAAUCCAGGCACUGUUCAAGAGUGUUUCAGAGAGCCGAGGCUGAAGCAGCUACUUGCCGAGUUCUCUCUAGCAGCCGUCAGCCAUAAGUAUGGGUUGACGCUUCGCAAGGAAUUCUCCUUCCCGAAACUCCGAUACAAGGGACGACUUCCGCCUCCUCCACAGCGGGUCAAAGCCACUGCGAAUGCAAACAUUCAAGAAAUACCCACGAAUUCAACAGCAGGGAAAACGAGUUCCGGGUCACCUCCUGGUGAAGGGGUGGUAGCUGAAUGCCCAGUGCCUAAGAGCGGCGCCUUCGCAGUAAAUGAGGCAAAUAUUCCUCAGUUCGACGCUUGGUUCGCUCCGCCUUCAGUGGUCGCUCAGUUCGUUCAGACUCAAUUCGCGGUGCCCGCUGUUAGUAGCAACCGGGCACACACACGAACUCCGUCCGACAUCUUUUUCGACAUCUGGAGAGCCAAAUAUGUCAACGAACAAGGUGCGGAUGACUCUGGCAGCUGUCUUAACGCCUUUGACUUCGAUCGCAUAACUGAGGAAACUCCCGGUCGAGAUGAAAGCGGAAGAGGCCGCUUGCCGCAGACCUCGCUGGGGCAGGAGUCAAGAAAUUACCCGGACAGGGAUGCAUGCCUACCAUUCAAAAAGGCAUUUCUGCUUUCUGCGGAAGAACAGAUGCGUCACCAGAUAGAAACGGGUACCGUAUCGAUCGACCGCUCCAGGCUGCAGGGGUACGUAUUUCUCUUGCAGCUUGAGUUGUGUUCGCCACAUUGUAAGGAUGCCCUUAGCACAUUCCGCGCUUCCCCAUCCGUGAGCCCUGCCGCGCUUGCACGGUCGUCUUUCGCUUCUAAAGAGGGGGGAAAGCGGGCGCUUCGUGCACAGCCCUGCUGCCUUGAUCCCGACGCACCCCCUGUGGUAAGGGUUACUGACAGCCAUCUCCUUGUUACGUGGCGUCCCCCGGACAAUACACUUGAGCGAGCAAGCCGGCGAGAACCGCGCCGGCACCACGCCCCGGGUAAGAACGCCAAAGGGCACGACCAACCUAAGGAGUCGGCGGCGGCCGCCCAACUCAGCAGCCAUCAGUUCCUUUUCCGCUUUGCGUUCCCGUUCUGCUCUCUAUUCGCCAAAGCUGCAAUCUCUACUGACCCGGUCCCCCUUUUGACUGUCAUCGUACCAACGGAUGUAGAGGCGGCCGGUAGUCUAGAGUCCUGCCUCUCGUUACUUCCCAACGCAGCGGCUUCUCAUCACUGCUCGACUGCAGGUUCAGUCGAGAUCCCGGCUGGGCAAGCCUCGAAGACAUCUCCUGAGCCAUGCCUGCAGACUGCUGCCAAUGCAACAAGCAGCCCAGGCGAUUCUUGUGAACGUCUCAAUUUACAGUCGGCCUUCGGACGUGACACCGGUGACCUGCCUGCUACUACGAACAGCUCUGCUGACCCUGGAUCUGACACGGACGCUCUGCGGUGGACACAGGGUGCCUUUACGAACGAGUACCUAGAUGCGGUGUUCUAA